AUGGCCACUACUUCCCCCAUCUCCAUCAUCAAUAGAGUCUCUCCUGCCUCCGUCAAGACAAAUAGCCCUCUCUCCAUCCGCUCUGCUCUCCGCUCGAUCCAUACAGAGAAACCCCCUGCCAGGACCGUCUUUUCUCCCCUCGAUACCUUUGCACGUCGUCAUAAUGGCCCUAGUGAGCCCGAGAUCAAGGAGAUGUUGAGCGCUAUUGGACUCAAGGAUCUGGAUGGACUCACCGGAAAGACCAUUCCCGAUCGUAUUCGCUCCACCCGUGCCUUGGCUCUCGAUCACGGAUUCACUGAAAAGGAAGUCCUGGAGCGCCUAAAGUACAUUGCCUCCAAGAACAAGGUCUUCAAGAACUAUAUCGGAAUGGGCUACACCGACGUUGUCGUCCCUAAUGUCAUUCUCAGAAACGUCUUGGAGAACCCUGGAUGGUACACUCAAUACACCCCUUACCAGCCAGAAAUUGCUCAAGGUCGUCUCGAGUCCCUGCUCAACUACCAAACCAUGGUCACCGAUUUGACUGGCAUGUCAAUUGCUAAUGCCUCGUUGCUGGAUGAGGGAACUGCUGCUGCAGAGGCCAUGAUCAUGUGCUGGACUGCCACCAACCGCAAGAAGAGCACCUUCUUUGUCGAUGAGAACUGCCACCCUCAGACCAUUGCCUGUGUCCAGACCCGUGCCGAGGCUUUCAAUAUCAAGGUCGUUGUCGGUGAUCACCGUAACUUUGAUUUUGAGGCAAUCAAGGACGAGAUGGCCGGUGUUCUUAUCCAGUACCCUGAUACCCGUGGAAAUGUCUCCGACUACAAAGGUCUCGCCGACAAGAUCCAUGGAUAUGGCGCUCAGGUGGUCGCUGCCACUGAUUUGAUGGCCUUGACCCUCUUGACUCCUCCUGGCGAGUGGGGCGCUGAUAUUGCCCUCGGAAACUCACAACGCUUCGGUGUCCCUCUCGGCUUUGGUGGACCUCAUGCCGCAUUCUUCGCCUGCAAGGAUCAACACAAGCGCAGGAUGCCCGGUCGCUUAGUCGGUGUCUCCAAAGAUGCUCAGGGCAACCAGGCCUACCGUCUCGCCCUUCAGACUCGCGAGCAGCACAUUCGCCGUGAGAAGGCCACUUCCAACAUUUGCACUGCUCAGGCUCUUUUGGCCAACAUGGCUGCUCUCUAUGCUGUCUACCACGGACCUGAGGGCAUCAAGAACAUUGCUCAACGCAUUCACAACAUGACUGCCAUCUUUGCUGAGGGAGUUCGCGAGGCCGGCCACAAGGUCGAAAACGAGCAGUUCUUUGAUACCUUGGCUAUUAAGGUCCAGGGCGGUGCUGACAACGUCGUCAAGAAGGCUCUCGCUGCUGGAAUCAACAUUCGCCAAUUCGAUGCUGAUACUGUCGGUGUCACCUUUGACGAGUCAUGCAACAAGGCAGAGCUUGAUGAACUUAUCAAGGUCUUCACCAAGGAUGGCGCCUCAACUCCUGAUCUCCUUAGCAUUGCUCAGAAGCUCAACAUUUCAGAGACAAGUCCUGCGAAUGUUUUGGACAACAAGUUCAUCCGUACCUCAGAAUACCUUACCCACAAGAUCUUCAACUCCUAUCAUUCAGAGACUGAGAUGCUUCGCUAUCUGUAUCGCCUUCAGAACAAGGAUCUCUCGCUAACUCACUCGAUGAUCCCUCUCGGUUCCUGCACCAUGAAGCUCAAUGCCACCACCGAGAUGAUCCCUGUCACUUGGCCUGAGCUUGGCAACAUCCAUCCCUUCGCCCCUGAUAGCCAGACCGAGGGCUACCAGAUCAUGCUCAAGGAGCUUCGCAACGAUUUGGCCGAGAUCACUGGAUUUGAUGAUGUCUCGCUCCAGCCCAACUCUGGUGCCCAGGGAGAGUAUGCUGGCCUUCGUGCCAUCCGUGCUUAUCAUGAGAGCCGUGGCGACAACAAGCGUAACGUCUGCUUGAUUCCCGUCUCUGCUCACGGAACCAACCCUGCUUCGGCUGCCAUGGCCGGUAUGGAUGUCGUCCCCGUCAAGUGCUUGGCCAACGGAAAUUUGGAUCUUGAAGACCUGAAAGCCAAGGCAGCCAAGCAUGCUGACCGUCUCUCUGCCUUCAUGGUCACUUAUCCCUCUACUUUCGGUGUGUUUGAGGACACUGUCUCGGAUGCUUGUGAGAUCAUUCAUUCCCAUGGAGGUCAAGUCUACAUGGAUGGUGCCAACAUGAACGCUCAGAUCGGAUUGACCUCCCCUGGACACAUUGGCGCUGAUGUCUGCCAUUUGAACUUGCACAAGACCUUCUGUAUCCCCCACGGAGGUGGAGGACCAGGUAUGGGACCUAUCGGUGUCAAGGCUCACUUGGCUCCUUACUUGCCUGGCCACCCUAUUGUGAAGACUGGAGGUGACAAGGCCAUCGGACCAAUCUCUGCUGCUCCUCACGGCUCUGCCUCCAUCCUGCCCAUCUCUUGGGCCUAUGUCAAGAUGAUGGGAGGUGAGGGCAUCAAGAGUGCCACCGAGAUUGCUCUCUUGAAUGCAAACUACAUGGCUCGCCGCCUCGGCAAGCAUUACAAGGUUCUCUUCACUAACGAGAACGGCAUGUGCGCUCACGAGUUCAUCAUCGAUAUCCGGCCCUUCGGCUCUGUUGGUAUUGAGGCUAUUGAUAUUGCUAAGCGUCUUCAGGACUAUGGUUUCCACUCACCCACCAUGUCAUGGCCAGUGCCCAAUACCCUCAUGAUUGAGCCUACAGAGUCUGAGAGCAAGGAGGAGCUCGACCGCUUCUGCGAUGCUAUGAUUGCCAUCCGUGCCGAGAUUCAAGAGAUUCAGGACGGUAAGCAGCCCCAGAAGGACAACGUGCUUAACAAUGCACCCCAUACAUUGGCUGUGCUGAUGAAGGAUGACGAAUACUGGAAGACAAAGUCAUACAGUCGUUUCCAGGCUGCCUAUCCUUUGCCCUACCUCCAUAAGUUCAAGCUGUUCCCUACUGUCUCACGCAUUGAUGACAGCUUUGGUGAUCGCAACUUGAUCUGCUCGUGCCCUCCCAUGAGUGACUAUGAGUAA